AAUUUUCAGCUGACAGUGUUCGUAUAUUGACUAUCUACAUAACUAUAAAAAAAAUUGAAUAAUUUUGUGUAGUUACAAAAUGAAUAAUACAAUAAUACAAAAACCGUUUGUGAAAAUGUUACUGUCCUCCAACUUAUUCAGGGCGAAUUUGAUCACAAGUGUGCACAAGGCGCUAGGAAACAUUAAUCAAAGUACAGUUGAUGAAGAUGAGAUAAGAAAACAUACACUGAUGUCAAAAGAUUGGUGGGAUGUUAAUGGGAGUAUGAAGGCGCUGCAUAGUCUUAACAAUAUCAGAGUUCCAUUUGUUAGAGAUGGUUUAGUCUAUUAUCCAGAAAAUAAGCGACCUAUAAGACCUCUGGAAGGAAAGUCCAUAUUAGAUGUUGGCUGUGGUGGUGGAAUAUUAUCAGAGCCUCUUGCAAGACUAGGUGCCAGUGUAACGGGAAUUGAUGCUAGUCAAGAGUUGAUAGAUCUUGCCACAGAACAUAGUCAGAAGAAUGCCAAACUUACAACCAAGCCCUCAUACAUUUGUACCUCUAUUGAGGAACAUUCUUGUGACAAUAAGGAAUGCUAUGAUGGUGUGGUGGCAUCAGAAAUCAUUGAACAUGUCAACAACAAGGAGCUAUUUAUCAAGUCCUGCUUAGAUACACUUAAACCUGGGGGAAGGAUUUUCUUCACCACACCAAACAGGACAAGAUUAACACAAGUCUUUGGUAUUUGUGUAGCUGAAUAUGUGAUGAAGCUUGUACCAAAAGGAACACAUGACUAUGAGAAAUUGACAACACCCACUGAACUAACUUUCUUGUUAGAAAGAAAUAACUGUCAUGUGGAAGCGGUAUUCGGGCUUAUGUAUUAUCCUCUGCUCAACCGCUGGGAAUGGUUCAACUCACCCAUUAUGAUGUUUGCACUGCAGGCUGUUAAAUGUGAAGAGAAAGCAGAAUAAAUUAUUUAUUUAUCUA